AUGGAAGGCUUCAGCAAAAACCUAGGAGCAUUCGGGAAGAAUCUCAGCGCUUCUUUCACGCCUUUCGCUGCCCGCACGCAGCAAUAUGUCAAGGAACAGCUGGGGCAAGCUGAGGAGAAGACCCAGCUCCCCCCCGACUACAUCGAGCUCGAAAAGCGCGUCGAUGCCCUCAAAGCCGUCCACCAGAAGAUGCUCCAAGUAACUUCUCACUACACCCACGAAGCCUACGACUACCCCUCCAACCUGCGCGAGUCCUUCAACGACCUGGGCCGCACCGUCGCCGAGAAAGUCCAGCUCCUCUCCUCCGCCAACUCACCCGCCGAAGCACAAGCCGCACUCGUAGCCCCCGCGUCCGCGAAGCCGCAGCCCAAGACAUUCGCGCACGCCCAGGCGCGCGCCGCGCUCAACGCUUCACACGUCUUGGCGGCGGAGGCAAACCAUCAGGGUAUCGGCGAAGAUCCUCUCGCGACAGGGCUGGAGAAGUUCGCCGUCGCGGCGGAGAAGGUGGGCGAGGCGCGGUUGAACCAAGAUGCGCAGAUCCAGAGCAGGUUCCUGGCGGGGUGGAGCACGACGCUGAACACGAACCUGAUGUUUGCGACACGGGCUCGCAAGAACGUGGAGAAUGCGCGGUUGAAUUUGGAUGCGACCAAGGCGAGGGCGAGGGGCGGGGCUGGGUUUACUCUGCCUGGACAAGCGAGAAAGGAGGGACAUGACGACGAGCAUAUAAGUGAGGAGGCGAGGCAGGAGAUUGAGGCCGCGGAGGAUGAGUUCGUGGCGGUGACGGAGGAAGCCGUGGGGGUGAUGAAAAAUGCGAGCCCCUUUGCGCAGGUUCUCGAUACGCCAGAGCCACUCCGCAACCUCGCCGAACUCAUCGCGGCGCAGUUCGAAUACCACAAGAAGGCUUACGAGAUUCUGAGCGAGCUGGCGCCUGUUGUGGACCAGCUGCAGGUGGAGCAAGAGGCAAACUACCGGAAGAGCCGCGAAGGAUCGUAG